GACCCAGAGUUACAGAAGGUGGACAUUGUGGACCUGACAGAUGUCAACGGAAUCCCAUCAAUGCAAAAUCCUUUCAAAAUCCCUCUAAAACCAAAGUAAGUGGUAUCUACAACACAACAUUUGACAUCACACUGUUAGUCAUGAUUCAGGAUGAUAAUAUCGGUUGUAUGUAUCAUUAAUGACAGUACAUACUGUGCGGUCCAUGUCAUAGGUUAGGUAUCUGGAGAAUUGAAGCUUCUUACCAAGAUGAGUUCACCACAAUAAACAAAGCUGAAUUUGAAGUCAAAGAAUACGGUAACUCAACAAGAAACAUCGAUUGUGAUUGAUGAUUGAAUUAUACUUUUGGGGGGGUCACCUCCCACCAAGUCACAUUGAUUUAGACACUUUUGAGUCUUAACUGUUGAGUCUAACUAUGCUUUCUUUAUUAUUAGUAUUACCCAGCCUUUCCAUCCACAUGCAGCCACAGGCUAGCUACAUCAGUUUCGGUACUUUUGAAGCUUUUAAGAUCAAGAUAUCUGCCAGGUGGGUAAAAAUAACAGUCUGUCUGAUCAUUUUAACCUACACUGUUGCAUUAAUUCUUGAUUAAGUAAAGUCUUGUCUUAUCCCUUGUCAGUAGUCAGGGCGGUGCUACAUUAUCUUGGAUGAUAUUGAGUUUCUUUGUUAUUUGUGCUGUGUAUCAGGUAUAUUCACGGUGCUCCAGUUGCAAAUGCAGAGGUAUUCCUACGGUUUGGAUACAUUGGGACAACAACUGUCAUCCUACACAAAUCAGUGAGAAGAGAGCAAGUAAGAAUGAGUUAUGAGUAACAAGUUAUGUUUGUGUGGUUGGGUGUGUGUGUCAGUGCACUAUACAUGGAUUUAUUCUAAUUUAUGAGUGAGAGAAAGAAGAUAGUGGGUUCGAGUCCCGCUGGGGCCACCCACACAAAAAAUUUAUGCACAUAUGACUGUAAGUCGCUGUGGAUAAAAACGUCAGCUAAAUAUAUAUUAUUAUAUUAUUACAUGAUAUUAUUGUUUUCCAUUGGUCUUCAAGGGCCACUGGGGUUUGUAAGCAACAUUGUGAUCAAACAUUUCAGAUGAGUGAAAGUGGCGAAGUGGAGGUGAACAUAAACAUGAAGAAAGCUCUAUCACUUGAUGAUGGACCCAAAGAACUAGAGGAGAUGGUGGGAAAGUUCCUGUAUGUGGCUGUGAUGGUACAAGAGCCAACUGGUGAGAGACGCACAGUGUAGGCCCGCCUUGUUGCACACAAACCUACAAUAUUGACAAUAAUAAGUCAUCUAUAUGAUGCAUCUAAGAUUUGUUCACUUUGAUCUAGGGUUUGAUUGAUCAUUCAAAGUAGAUCAUUGCAUUAUUGGGAAAUGAUUGCAUCAUUUAGUUUAGCAGGAACAUAUUAUCACUCUAUUUUUGAUCAGACACGGUUCUUUUCAAUCUCUCUAGGUGGUAUCUCCCAGGAAGCUGAGAUGGCCAAUGUGAAGUUCUUAAAGUCCCCGUACAGCCUGAGUCUUGUCGCUACUCCUCCUUUCAUCAAACCAGGACUACCAUACACUAUCAGGGUAGGGCACCUCUAUAGCCUUGUUCACAUUGACAGUUUGCAGUGACUCAAAUCCCAUUUUGUUGCAUAUCUGACUAGAAUCUGUUCUUUUUCUUGUAGUCUGAAUAGCCAAAAACACAUGGAAUCAGAUAUUUCAAGCCUAAUUUCAAACCACCUUCAUAGGUGGUUUGAAAUCAGAUACAAAUCUGAUUCCUGGCCAUGCGACAUGUGUCUGAAUGGUCAAAUCAGAUUUAUUUGCCCUCAAGUGAUUUUUAGACUGUUAUUUGGCAUAUCUUGAUGCUUGCUAGCUACUCUUUGACAGUUCCCAACUCCUAUGGUCAUUGUUCCGCCAAACAUGACAGAUCUGGGACCAAGCUACCUUUUAUGCACGAAUUGAAAUACAUUAAAAUAGCAAAUUAAGUAGACACUGAAUAUAUCCUUACUGUAAGAUCAUUUACAUCUACUGUACAGAAGUUAAUAUAAUUAGAAACAAAGGUGCUAAGUAGAACCAUAUAGGGUUCUUCGGUUUGUCCUCACAGGGGAACCCUUUUUGGUGAUAGGUCAAACUUUUUGCAUAUGGUUCUACCUAAUGUAGAACAUUCUAUGUAGGGUUCUUCAUAGAACCCCCUUUAAAUGGUUCAACCUAGAACCCUGUAUGAAGGGUUCUGCCUAAAACCCUCUACGAUGGUUCUACCAAGAACCCUUUUAUCCUCUAACGGUUCUUCCUAGAACCCUCUAUGAACGGUUCUACCGAGAAACCUUUUAUCUUUGAAAGGUUCUUCCUAGAACCCUCUAUGAAUGGUUCCACCAGCCUUAUUAGUAUUUAAAAUUCAAGUCUUUAUGAUAAUACCUUACAUAUCAUAAGGCCUUUCUUUGAGUGCCUAGUUAUAACCUAACACAGUGGUUUUAGGAAACUCCUGGUUUACAGGCCACAUUAGGCCAGCAAGUCAUAUUAUGCUGACUUCCAAAGUGAUGUGUAAUUCCUAUUGGAAUCCAGCCAGAGUGAGGAUAUCCAACAAUUGGAACUAUUAAUCACCUGCAACCUGCGUUAAAGAUAUUCUCCGGUACUUUUUUAUACUUUUAAGGCAGUAGUUCUGAAAGUAGCGUCCACGAGACAAAAGUGGUCCCCGAAAAUUGCAUACUACGUCACAAAUGUACAGAAAUGUGCACCACGUCAAUGCUCUCUCUCGCUCUACUGUGUGUGCAUCUUGCUAGCUGUCACUCAAAUGUCGAGGAGCUGAAGCUCAUUGGCUGAAACUCAAAUUGCUAGGGGCUGGCCCAAGUGGGGGUAAAUGUAAGGAAAAUGGCGCCACACAGCUUCCAGAAAACAGACACUUUCAAUUUAGGGAUUUCCUGGCUAAUUAAGGUAAAACAGUCAUUCUGCUCAUAGAUUAUGCAUGUAUGAACUACACAUUGACACAUCCAGCCCAAAGCAGGAGGUUUAAAAAAUACGUAUUAGUCGCCAAAGUACCGGAGCAUGUCUUCAAGAAUGACUGCAAGGAUAGAGAAGAUUGAUUAGUUAGUACCUAAAUCAUUUAAACUUGAACAACCAUCUCAGUAACGGGUGCAAUAAGUCCAACUACAAACAGAUUGGAUUAGUUUAGAAAAAUGUACGUUAUUUAUCUUUGUGUAGCAUAACAUUAAUCAACCAACCAAUGUACAUGCAAAAACACACAUUUUGAAACAAACAAUUCUAAAAAUCAAUGUGCAAUAGAGCAUGCUGGGAAACAUAAUAAUGAUGGUUGUGAUUUUGAGUGUUUUACUAUACCACUCAUACUCCCUUCUAUUCCCUUACUCUCUGCUCAGUAAAAUCAUAGAAAAUACUCAUUUAAAAGACAGAAAUCAUGGCAAAGAUACCAACUAUGCAAGUACUGUAUAUGCACAAUUAUUAAGGGAAGACCAGAUAAAUUCAAAAAUAUUCCCAUAUACAGUAGGUAAAGUUUAAAACAUUAUCACACCAAUCUUUUUAAAUGUAUCAGAUUACUCAAACUCCUGAUGUUAAAGUUUAACACUGAGGUAACACUAAUGCUCAGGUAUUAUUUAAAAGAAAGAAAAAUAAUUAUAAUAAAAAAGCUUAUUCAGAUUCAGAAGGGUUCUACAGUGCCUUCAGAAAGUAUUCACACCCCUUUGUGUUGUUGUGUUACAGCCUGAACUAAAAAUGUAUUAAAUUGAGAUGUUUUUGACACUGCCCUACACAUACCCCAUAAUGUAAAAGUGGAACUAUAUAAAGAAAAGAAAAAUGAAAAGCUGAAAUGUCUUGAGUCAAUAAGUAUUCAACCCCUUUGUUAUUGCAAGCCUAACUAAGUUUAGAUGGAAACAUGUGCUUAACAAGUCACAUAGUAAGUUGAAUGGACUCACUCUGUGUGCAAUAAUAGUGUUUAACCAGAUAUUUGAAUGACUACCUCAUCUCUGUACCCCACACAUACAAUUAUCUGUAAGGUCCCUCAGUCAAACAGUGAAUUUCAAACACAGAUUCAACCACAAAGACCAGGGAGGUUUUCCAUUGUCUCGCAAAGAAGGGCACCUAUUGGUCGAUGGGUACAAAUUUAAAAAAGCAGAUAUUGAAUAUCCCUUUGAGCAUGGUGAAGUUAUUAAUUACACUUUGGAUGGUGUAUCAAUACACACAGUCACUACAAAGAUACAGGCGUCCUUCCUAACUCAGUUGCCGGAGAGGAAGGAAACUGCUCAGGGAUUUCACCAUGGCCAAUGGUGACUUUAAAACAGUUACAGAGUUUAAUGGCUGUGAUAGGAGAAAACUAAGGAUAGAUCAACAACAUUGUAGUUACUCCAUAAUACUAACCUAAUUGACAGAGUGAAAAGAAGGAAGCCUGUACAGAAUACAAAUAUUCCAAAACAUGCAUCCUGUUUGCAACAAGGCACUAAAGUAAUACUGCAAAAACUGUGGCAAAGCAAUUCACUUUCUGUCUUGAAUACAAAGGUUUAUGUUUGGGGCAAAUCCAAUACAACACAUUACUGAGCACCACUCUCCAUAUUUUCAAGCAUAGUGAAUGUUCCCGAGUGGCUGAGUUACAAUUUUGACUUAAAUCUGCUUGAAAAUCUAUGGCAAGACUUUAAAAUGGUUGUCUAGCAAUAAUCAACAACCAAGCUUUGCACACCUGGAUUGUACAAUAUUUCCCCAUUAUAAUGGGAAAAUAUUGUACAGUCCAGGUGUGCAAAGCUCUUAGAGAUUUACCCAGAAAGACUAACAGCUGUAAUCGCUGCCAAAGGUGAUUCUAACAUGUAUUGACUCAGGGGUGUGAAUCUUGUGUAAAUGAGAUAUUUCUGCAUUUCAUUUUCAAUACAUUUGCUAAAAUUAUGGUGUAUAAUGGGUGAGAUUAUUUUUUUUCCCAAUCAAUUUUGGAUUCAGGCUGUAUCACAAUAAAAUGUGGAACAAGUCAAGGAGUUGAAUACUUUCUGAAGGCACUGUAUCUACAGUGAGGGAAAAAAGUAUUUGAUCCCCUGCUGAUUUUGUACGUUUGCCUACUGACAAAGACACGAUCAGUCUAUAAUUUUAAUGGUAGGUUUAUUUGAACAGUGAGAGAUAGAAUAACAACAAAAAUAUCCAGAAAAACGCAUGUCAAAAAUGUUAUAAAUUGAUUUGCAUUUUAAUGAGGGAAAUAAGUAUUUGACCCCUCUGCAAAACAUGACUUAGUACUUGGUGGCAAAACCCUUGUUGGCAAUCACAGAGGUCAGACGUUUCUUGUAGUUGGCCACCAGGUUUGCACACAUCUCAGGAGGGAUUUUGUCCCACUCCUCUUUGCAGAUCUUCUCCAAGUCAUUAAGGUUUUGAGGCUGACGUUUGGCAACUCGAACCUUCAGCUCCCUUCACAGAUUUUCUAUGGGAUUAAGGUCUGGAGACUGGCUAGGCCACUCCAGGACCUUAAUGUGCUUCUUCUUGAGCCACUCCUUUGUUGCCUUGGCCGUGUGUUUUGGAUCAUUGUCAUGCUGGAAUACCCAUCCACGACCCAUUUUCAAUGCUCUGGCUGAGGGAAGGAGGUUCUCACCCAAGAUUUGACGGUACAUGGCCCCGUCCAUCGUCCCUUUGAUGCGGUGAAGUUGUCCUGUCCCCUUAGCAGAAAAACACCCCCAAAGCAUAAUGUUUCCACCUCCAUGUUUGACGGUGGGGAUGGUGUUCUUGGGGUCAUAGGCAGAAUUCCUCCUCCUCCAAACCCGGCGAGUUGAGUUGAUGCUAAAGAGCUCGAUUUUGGUCUCAUCUGACCACAACACUUUCACCCAGUUCUCCUCUGAAUCAUUCAGAUGUUCAUUGGCAAACUUCAGACGGGCAUGUACAGUGGGGAGAAUAAGUAUUUGAUACACUGCCGAUUUUGCAGGAUUUCCUACUUACAAAGCAUGUAGAGGUCUGUAAUUUUUAGAAAAGCAGAACUUAAUAUUUGGUACAGAAACCUUUGUUUGCAAUUACAGAGAUCAUAUGUUUCCUGUAGGUCUUGACCAGGUUUGCACACACUGCAGCAGGGAUUUUGGCCCACUCCUCCGUACAGACCUUCUCCAGAUCCUUCAGGUUUCGGGGCUGUCGCUGGGCAAUAUGGACUUUCAGCUCCCUCCAAAGAUUUUCUAUUGGGUUGAGGUCUGGAGACUGGCUAGGCCACUCCAGGACCUUGAGAUGCUUCUUACGGAGCAACUCCUUCGUUGCCCGGGCGGUGUGUUUGGGAUCAUUGUCAUGCUGAAAGACCCAGCCAUGUUUCAUCUUCAAUGCCCUUGCUGAUGGAAGGAGGUUUUCACUCAAAAUCUCACGAUACAUGGCCCCAUUCAUUCUUUCCUUUACACGGAUCAGUCGUCCUGGUCCCUUUGCAGAAAAACAGCCCCAAAGCAUGAUGUUUCCACCCCCAUGCUUCACAGUAGGUAUGGUGUUCUUUGGAUGCAACUCAGCAUUCUUUGUCCUCCAAACACGACGAGUUGAGUUUUUACCAAAAAGUUCUAUUUUGGUUUCAUCUGACCAUAUAACAUUCUCCCAAUCCUCUUCUGGAUCAUCCAAAUGCACUCUAGCAAACUUCAGACGGGCCUGGACGUGUACUGGCUUAAGCAGGGGGACACGUCUGGCACUGCAGGAUUUUAGUCCCUGGCGGCGUAGUGUGUUACUGAUGGUAGGCUUUGUUACUUUGGUCCCAGCUCUCUGCAGGUCAUUCACUAGGUCCCCCCGUGUGGUUCUGGGAUUUUUGCUCACCGUUCUUGUGAUCAUUUUCACCCCACGGGGUGAGAUCUUGCGUGGAGCCCCAGAUCGAGGGAGAUUAUCAGUGGUCUUGUAUGUCUUCCAUUUCCUAAUAAUUGCUCCCACAGUUGAUUUCUUCAAACCAAGCUGCUUACCUAUUGCAGAUUCAGUCUUCCCAGCCUGGUGCAGGUCUACAAUUUUGUUUCUGGUGUCCUUUGAUAGCUCUUUGGUCUUGGCCAUAGUGGAGUUUGGAGUGUGACUGUUUGAGGUUGUGGACAGGUGUCUUUUAUACUGAUAACAAGUUCAAACAGGUGCCAUUAAUACAGGUAACGAGUGGAGGACAGAGGAGCCUCUUAAAGAAGAAGUUACAGGUCUGUGAGAGCCAGAAAUCUUGCUUGUUUGUAGGUGACCAAAUACUUAUUUUCCACCAUAAUUUGCAAAUAAAUUCAUAAAAAAUCUUACAAUGUGAUUUUCUGGAGAAAAAAAUUCUCAAUUUGUCUGUCAUAGUUGACGUGUACCUAUUAUGAAAAUUACAGGCCUCUCUCAUCUUUUUAAGUGGGAGAACUUGCACAAUUGGUGGCUGACUAAAUACUUUUUUCCCCCACUGUAACAUACUAAUAAAAAGACCAAAUCAACUAAAUCAAGUACAAGAGGCAUGCAGAUAAAAGAAAAUGCGAUUUAAAAAAUAUAUAAUUUUCAUUUCAUUCAAUUUCAUUUAUAUCGCCUAUAUUGUAGGGUUCUUCCUGAUGGCUACAAUACACAAAGAAAGAACAUUGAGUUACAAAAGUUUAAGAAUGUACUUAAAAGUACUAACACAUUUAAUAAUAUCAAAACUUACUGUGAAGAAUGGUCUUCAGAAACAAGUCCCUGAAACAGGCCUUCUCACCGGCCACAGUCCAGGUAGUGGCGAUGGCAAGGUAGCAUCUGCCACACUGGCGACUUCAGGUCCUUGGCACCCAAUACAGCCAGAAACCUAAGCUACAAAAUGCAAGAGAAGUAUUAUAAAUUACACAGUAUGUUCACAUAUUUCCUCCCUCACCCCCUAUAUUUUACAUACAUUUAUUGUGACAGUCUGUAAAGACAGAUGGCAGAUAUUUCCAAUACGUAUUUACAUUUAAGUUGGUAACAGUUAGCUAUGUUCUUACCUUGAUGUCUGCGGCCCAAACCUGGCAACGUUGACCCAUUGUAGUGUCUGACUCCUGGCCCUGUUUGUAACAAUAAUGUCACAUUUAAAAUUAAGUAAAUACUGUGCAAGAAAGAACAGAGAGGCUAAGUGAAUGUAACGUUUACAUACCUGUGGCAUCACUACAGUCACUACAGACCCAGGUUCGAGCCCGGGCUGUAUCACAACCAGCCGUGAUCGGGAGACCCACAGGGUGGCGCACAAUUGGCCCAGCGUCGUCUGGGUUAGGGGAGAGUUUGGCCGGGGUAGGCCGUCAUUGUAAAUAAGAAUUUGUUCUUAACUGACUUGCCUAGUUAAAUAAAGGUUAAAUAAAUAAAAAUACCUCCAUGGCUAUCACAUCCACAUGGUGCUGUGGUGAAUACAGUGCAUUCGGAAAGUAUUCUAAAAUGGAUUAAAUAAAUGUUUUCCCUCAUCAAUCUACACACAAUACCCCAUAAUAAGAAAGCGAAAAAAAUUUUUUUUUUUGUGCCAAUGUAUAAAAAAGAAAAUAGAUACCUUAUUAAGUAUUCAGACCCUUUGCUAUGAGACUCGAAAUUGAGCUCAGGUGCAUCCUAUUUCCACUGAUCUUCCUUGAGAUGUUUCUACAACUUGAUUGGAGUCCACCUGUGGUAAAUUCAAUUGAUUGGACAUGAUUUGGAAAGGCACACAGCUGUCUAUAUUAGGUCCCACAGUUGACAGUGCAUGUCAGAGCAAAAACCAAGCCAUGAGGUCGAAGGAAUUGUCCGUAGAGCUCAGAGACAGGAUUGUGUCGAGGCACAGAUCUGAGGAAGGGUACCAAAUAAUGUCUGCAGCAUUGACGUUCCCCAAGAACACAGUGCCUCCAUCAUUUUUAAAUGGAAGAAGUUUGGAACCACCAAGACACUUCCUAGAGCUGGCCAUCCGGCCUAACUGAGUAAUCGGGGGAGAAGGGCCUUGGUCAGGGAGGUGAACAAGAACCCGAUGGUCACUCUGACAGAGCUUCAGAGUUCCUCUGUGGAGAUGGGAGAAUCUUCCAGAAGGACAACCAUCUCUGCAGCACUUCACCAAUCAGGAAUUUAUGGUAGAGUGGCCAGACGGAAGCCACUCCUCAGUAAAAAGCACAUGACAGCCCGCUUGGAAUUUGCCAAAAGGCACCUAAAGGACUCUCAGACUAUGAGAAACAAGAUUAUCUGGUCUGAUGAAACCAAGAUUGAACUUUUUGGCCUGAAUGCCAAGCAUCAUGUCUGGAGGAAACUUGGCACCAUCCCUACGGUGAAGCAUGGUGGUGGCAGCAUCAUGCUGUGGGGAUGUUUUUCAGAGGCAGGGACUGGGAGACUAGUCAGGAUCGAGGGAAAGAUGAACGGAGCAAAGUACAGAGAGAUCCUUGAUGAAAACCUGUUCCAGUGCGGGGCGAAGGUUCACCUUCCAACAGGACAACGACCCUAAGCACACAGCCAAGACAACGCAGGAGUGGCUUCGGGACAAGUCUCUGAAUGUCCUUGAGUGGCCCAGCCAGAGCCCAGACUUGAACCCGAUCUAACAUCUCUGGAGAGACCUGAAAAUAGCUGUGCAGCGGUGCUCCCCAUCCAACCUGAAAGAGCUUGAGAGGAUCUGCAGAGAAGAAUGGGAGAAACUCCCCAAAUACAAGUGUGCCAAGCUUCAUACCCAAGAAGACUCAAGGCUGUAAUCGCUGCCAAAGGUGCUUCAACCAAGUACUGAGUAAAGGGUCUGAAUACUUAUGUAAAUGUGACAUUUCCGUUUUUGUAUUUUUUAUACAUUUGCAAAAAUGGCAUCGAGAAAAAUUUACUCUCAAACUAAAAAUGUUGCUUAGGGCCCCCAACAGGCUAGGGCUGGCUCUGACUACAUGUGUGUAUGACUGUUGCCCCACAAGAUGAGUUCGGAUUCAAAGACAGGUUUGUAACAAAGAUAACUUCCUGUUGAAGGUUUUUAAACUUCUUCUGUGGGGUUUAAGAGGUGCCGCCACCUACUGUUCGUAGUGAUAAACACUUUUCUUCAAGUGGGUGAGACGGUUUAGGGAGUGGCAUUAUUGCUAGAAAGGAACCAUUGGUAUUGCCUCGAAAAUAUAGUAUAUUAAAGCAAUGGCAGUAAUGUAGGCUAUUUUGGGGCAUAAUCAAUAUAUCAUUAAUCUACUUAAACUAAAUUAUUAGGUGUAUCACAUUUUUUGUCAUGAUUGAUGAUUUUAAAUGCAUUAUGUCCACAUCUGGUUGUAAUUGGUGUUUUUUGGCAAAUAAAUCUAAUCCAAUUAAAAUCACAAUAAAUAUAAGGUAUUUAUAGAAACAACAAAAACAGCUUGCAGUCUCUGGCUGGCUGUGGUUAGCUGGAAAGUGGCAGGCCAAAUUUGAGAUUAGAGAAAUUCCUUGCUAUUGUCUUUCAAGUUUUCUCAUGGCUAGAUGGCUUGCCUAGGGCUUAUAGCUGUCCUCUGAGUGCAGGCUAAACGGCAUAGAUGCAAAAGCGGCCUGCUAAGGGCUUAUAGCGGCCCAACGAGUGAGGGCUACACGCCAGAGAUGCAAAUCACAUCUUGAACUGCAAACUCCGGUCGCCCCCACUGGUGGAAGGAAUUUAUAGCCUUGGGCGCCGAGUGACGUCAAAGUCCAUUGCUUCAGAACGACAAACAUCCGGAACGUUCAAAAAUACUUUGCAAACUGUUGGUUUAAAAUUCAUAUUGUUUAUUUUUUGGGGAUCAAAUGUUAAUAAAUAGAAUGAAAAAUAAUAUUAUGGUGCCUGCAGAAGGGUUUCCUUCUUCACCAUCCCUUGUUUCAUAUACACCCUUUAAAGGUUCAUGGUAGAACCCUUCGCCUUACAAAGCAGCCUUGUCUUCCAAAAAGGCUUCUUCAGAUGAAAACGGUUCAUGGUAGAAACCUAUCCCACUGCAAAUAACCCUUUUGGAACCCUUUUUUCUAAGUGUGUAUGGGGGUUCUGCCACCAGGUGUCAGUCAAGGACCAUUUGGGGGAGCCUGUGCCACGGGUACCAGUGAGGUUGGUGAAUUCCUUCACCAAAAACAAACUUGGUGUAGACCAGAAACCUCCGUGUCCUGUACUGACAGCGGAUAACAGUUAUAGAACCAAUUACGAUGGGAUUGUUCUUUUCAUUUGCAACCUUCCUUCAGAAGCUGAGAGUGCAAGAUUUAUCGUAAGUACCAGUGUGGCUUGAGUAUCAUUAAAUGUAUGUUUAAGUAAAGGCAGCUUGGCAUACAUCUAUUUUUAUAUAUAUAUAUUUCUGGAGGUAUUUUGACACUGUUUAGACAGGGAGUUGGGAGAAACAGAUUGAAGGGUUGGAGCCGGGAUUGAAUCCCAGUCUCCAGUAGGGGAGGGAGUUUAAAUGUGUCUAAUCCAGUCACGUUAUCGUUAGACCACAGGCUCUGCACAUGCCACACAUCUAUUGAUUGCUCUCUUUUCUAUUGGUGUUGUGAGGCUUGUGAUAGAAUGCAUGUAAUGCUGUAAUAUUGUUUUAGUUCAAGACUGCUGAUGAGCGGUUACCCUCCGGUAGUCAAGCUGAAUAUACAUUUGAAGCCAAGGCAUACUUUUCCCCCAACGAACGCUACUUGUACAUUGAUUUGCCGUCCGAUUACUCCGGCCUUCAAGUUGGACAACAUGUCAACCUUCAAAUCUACUUCCAUGCUCGCAGCUACCUCCAAAUUGAGACUUUCAGCUACCAGGUAAGUGAUAGUUUUCUAGUCAUACAGUGCCUAUAAUAAGUAUUCAUCCCUCUUUGGCUUUUUCACAUUUUGUUUUGUUACCAAGUGGGAUUUAAAUUGGUUUCAUUGGGAUUUGUUUUCACUGAUUUACACAAAAUACUCAAUUUGGUCAAAGUAAAAAGAAAAUGAUUUGCGUAAAAAAAAAAGUUAUAUAACAAAACAAAAAAAUAACUCAAAAUGUUCUGUAAUUCUAAAAUGUUACCUCUUCCUGACCUACCUAUCUGACUUCUAUGCCAGAUCAUCUCGAGGGGGAAGAUAGUGAAGUUUGCUUCUGAGAAGCAUAUCAAAGAUACAAGUUCCCAAGCCAUUAGUUUCACAGUGACCUCAGACAUGGUGCCAUCGAUACGCCUGCUGGUCUACUACAUACUAUAUGGGGAGAAGACGCCUGAGCUGGUUGCCGACUCAGUGUGGAUAGACGUCAAGGACAAAUGUGUCAAUGGACUUAAGGUACGGUAGCUCCGCCUCCACCACAACCCAUUCAAAACUCUUGAUUCCUGUUCGUAUUGUCACAUGUAACUGUGAAUAAGCUGAGAAUCCACAGAAUAUUUGUAUUUUCCCAAUGAGCAUACCCCAUCUUUAUUCAUCAGAACAUUUUCUGUUUGUUUAUCUCUUAGACAGAGCUCUCAUUUCGUAAGAAGAAUUACAAGCCUAAGGAUGAACUGGUAUUAGAAGUGAAAACUGGGCAGGAUUCCCUGGUGGCCUUAUCUGCUAUUGACACUGCUGUCUACUCACUUAGAGCCCCACUCCAGGACCCAGUGACAAGAGUAAGACCAUUCAAGACUCAGAAAACACACAGCAGGCAUGCUUAACUUGUUAGAUAAGAAAACAUUAUUGUCCAUUACAUAAAAAAAAAAAAAUGACAUAUGUGUUUGGCACUCUGAGUUAAAAGAUGCAUACAGCAUUACAUACAGUGUACAGGUUAGUCCAGCAAACUCUUGUUGAGCAUGGUUAGUGCUGAGGGGAUGAAUGGCGUUUUCUAUGGUGAAUGGAACCUUAGUAAUGGGGGAUUUAUUGAUAAAUAUGAAUAUCCUGCCGACUACGCCAAAUGUAACACUGAAGAACUGAACUGGGCACAUUUCAUAGAAAGCACAAAGCCGGCCCGUACAAGGUGAGGUGACAAUCAUUGUCAUUUUCUUCUCUAGGUGCUCCGCCAUAUCGAGCAAAGUGACCAAGGUUGUGGAGGAGGAGGUGGCAAAGAUAACGCUGAUGUCUUCCGUCUCACAGGACUCACUUUUAUGACCAAUGCAAAUGCUCAGGCUUCCCAAUCUGAAGGUAAUCUACAGUAUCUGUCAAAGUCUGCGUCAUAAAUGGCACCCUAGUCCCUUUGGUCUAAAGUAGUGCACUAUAAAGGGAAUAGGGUGCCAUUUCAGACGCAGCUAAAGUCGAGGAGGACUGGAGAACAUGGAAGUGCCAUUGAGAAUAAGCCUCCUUACACACACUUGUAUCCAUGUAUGUGCCCUCCAUCAGAUGACACAUGCACUGCUUCUGUGAGACCAAAGCGCGCCCUCUCUUAUGACCAACAGAAAGAGAAAGGCAAGUAAAUAGUGAGCUAACUCCCCAUCACAACAAAUGUUGUUUUUAUUCUAAAUGUUAAGCAGAAAAACCUGUACUUUGUUUAGAUAAAUAAGGGCCCUAACUGUGUGUCUGUCCCACAGCCAAACAAUAUGGCAGGAAUUUUAACUGCUGCUGGCAGGGAUUGCGUCAAAUCCCAACCCUGGAUACCUGUGCUCACCGUGCCAAUAGACUUCAGGUUCAACAAUCCAGUGAUGCGAAGAAGUGCCGUGCGGUGUUCACUGAGUGCUGUGAUUACAGCCUAAAGCUUCUCCAAACCAGUAAUGAUCAUGUCUUGGCACGUGUUGGUGAGUGCAUAUUUUGGAUGGCAAUCACAGCCCCUAUGAUUAAGUUGACACAAAACGUAUUCUUGUUAAUGUGAUAUUCCCUGCAUCCCAAUAAUCUAUCCUUUCUCCCAAAGUGUGCGUUUGUUUACUUCCUUUCAUGGAUUGGUAUAAGAAAUAUGAUACAAAUGCUUUUAAAUAUGUGCGAAGGUGGCACAAGUGCACACUUUAUGAGAAAGUAUAGAUUAUUGACACACACUGGUUGAAUCAAUGUUGUUUCAACGUAAUUUGUCAACGUAUUGUGACAAGGAAUCAACAUUGAAAAUAUAUUGGAUUUGAAAAAAGUAAUCAACCAGAACUGUUUUAAUCUCAUUUCAACCAGCGUUGUAAACAUAGAAAUUAGGGUAAAACUUAAACUUUAAUACAUUGACUUAACGUGACUAACAGGUUGUUACAUCAACCUAAUUUCAACAUAAUCAUCAGAACUAUGUAUACGUUGAAAUUGUGUUGAAAAUUUCACAUAGAAUUAUUUAUUUUUUAAAUCAUCCUAUACUCAAUAUAUUGGGUGGUUGAAAUUAUGUUGAAUUUCAUAUUUGAUUAUGUGACCCACCACCUGGAUUCGGUCCUAUUUAGCUAAAUUUGAAAUGGUGUAUUUUUCAUUGGAUAAAAGUAGAGAAUCCGAGCUAUAAAAUGGUAUAUCAUACACUGCAGUUUGUCACACUCUGGUUCUAGGACUUUUUGUGUUUAGUCAGGGUGUGUAGAUUUCCGUGUGUUGUGUACUGUGGGUAGUGUCUAGGUGUUCGCGUUCUAUGUUUGGUCAGUGACUCCCAAUCGGAGGUAACGAGUGUCAGCUGUCGGCUCGUUAUCUCUGAUUGGGAGCCAUAUUUAAAUGUCUGUGUUCACCUUGUGGUUGUGGGUUUUUGUUCAUUGUUCAGUAGUUGUCACUGAGGACUUCACGGAUCGUGUUUUGUUUUGUCGUGUGUUUCAAAAUUAAAAUCAUCAUGUUCACUCCCAACGCUGCGCUUUGGUCAUACUUCAUUGGCGAUCGUGACAGAAAAACCCACCACAACGAGACCAAGCAGCAGUUGGAUAACGAGUGGUGGAGCCAGAAGAGCGAAGGUUGGGAGAGGACUAUGGAGGCCUGGUCCACCGAGAGGAGAGACCCCCAGAAAAAAUUUUUGGGGGGGCUCACGACGUCGGGGCAGAAGGUGUACGGCCCGGAGGAGUGCAAGAGGUUGGCAGAUAUGGCCGCCAGUUUAAGGGGGCCACUGGUUACGAAGGGGAUGGAAAGUGUGGAGGCACGGCGAGAGGGACUGGGGGGUGUUUCCAGUCCGGUCCGGCCCGUUCCUGAUCCCCGUGUAGGGCCAGGGGUGUGUGUCCCCAGUGCGGUUCUGUCUGUCCCUGCUCAACGCACCAAGCCUACGGGGUGCGUCGCCAGCCCAGCUCGGCCUGUUCCUGCGCCCCGCACCAAGUCUGUGGUGCGUUUCGCCAGCCCAGCCCGGCCUGUCCCUGCUCAACGCACCGAGCCUACGGGGUGCGUCGUCAGCCCUGUCCAGCCAGAGCCGUCCGCCAGACAGGAUCAGCCAGAGCCUUCCGCCAGACAGGAUCAGCCAGAGCCUUCCGCCAGCCAUGAGCAGCCAGAUCCUUCCGCCAGCCAUGAGCAGCCAGAUCCGUCAGCCAGCCAUGAGCAGCCAGAUCCAUCAGCCAUCCAUGAGCAGCCAGAUCCGUCAGCCAGCCAUGAGCAGCCAGAUCCGUCAGCCAGCCAUGAGCCGUCCAGCCAGGAUCCGCCAGAGCCGUCCAGCCAGGAUCCGCCAGAGCCGUCCAGCCAGGAUCCGCCAGAGCCGUCCAGCCGGGAUCCGCCAGAGCCGUCCAGCCGGGAUCCGCCAGAGCCUUCCAGCCGGGAUCCGCCAGAGCCUUCCAGCCGGGAUCCGCCAGAGCCGUCCAGCCGGGAUCCGCCAGAGCCGUCCAGCCGGGAUCCGCCAGAGCCGUCCAGCCGGGAUCCGCCAGAGCCGUCCAGCCGGGAUCCGCCAGAGCCGUCCAGCCGGGAUCCGCCAGAGCCGUCCAGCCAGGAUUCACGCGCCAGGCCAGGGGCGCGUGUCGUCAGUCCGGUUCCGGCCGGCGGGGCUGGGCAGGACCGGGGGUACUUUGGGGGGUUGGAGAGGAAGUGGGGAGGAAGCCCGGAGCCGGAGCCGCCGCCGAGGAGGAAUGCCCACCCAGCCCUCCCCUGUUUGCUUGUAGUUAGGCGCGGUCGCAGUCCGCGCCUUUGGGGGGGGGGUACUGUCACACUCUGGUUCUAGGACUUUUUGUGUUUAGUCAGGGUGUGUAGAUUUCCGUGUGUUGUGUACUGUGGGUAGUGUCUAGGUGUUCGCGUUCUAUGUUUGGUCAGUGACUCCCAAUCGGAGGUAACGAGUGUCAGCUGUCGGCUCGUUAUCUCUGAUUGGGAGCCAUAUUUAAAUGUCUGUGUUCACCUUGUGGUUGUGGGUUUUUGUUCAUUGUUCAGUAGUUGUCACUGAGGACUUCACGGAUCGUGUUUUGUUUUGUCGUGUGUUUCAAAAUUAAAAUCAUCAUGUUCACUCCCAACGCUGCGCUUUGGUCAUACUUCAUUGGCGAUCGUGACACAGUUGAGGAACAAUGAGAGAGUACAGUGAAGGAAAAAAGUAUUUGAUCCCCUGCUGAUUUUGUACGUUUGCCCACUUACAAAGAAAUUAUCAGUCUAUAAUUUUAAUGGUAGGUUUAUUUGAACAGUGAGAGACAGAAUAACAACAACAAAAUCCAGAAAAACGCAUGUCAAAAAUGUUAUAAAUUGAUUUGCAUUUUAAUGAGGGAAAUAAGUAUUUGACCCCCUCUCAAUCAGAAAGAUUUCUGGCUCCCAGGUGUCUUUUAUACAGGUAACGAGCUGAGAUUAGGAGCCCACUCUUAAAGGGAGUGCUCCUAAUCUCAGCUUGUUACCUGUAUAAAAGACACCUGUCCACAGAAGCAAUCAAUCAAUCAGAUUCCAAACUCUCCACCAUGGCCAAGACCAAAGAGCUCUCCAAGGAUGUCAGGGACAAGAUUGGAAUGGGCUACAAGACCAUCGCCAAGCAGCUUGGUGAGAAGGUGACAACAGUUGGUGCGAUUAUUCGCAAAUGGAAGAAACACAAAAUAACUGUCAAUCUCCCUGGGGCUCCAUGCAAGAUCUCACCUCGUGGAGUUGCAAUGAUCAUGAGAACGGUGAGGAAUCAGCCCAGAACUACACGGGAGGAUCUUGUCAAUGAUCUCAAGGAGGCUGGGACCAUAGUCACCAAGAAAACAAUUGGUAACACACUACGCCGUGAAGGAAUGAAAUCCUGCAGCGCCCGCAAGGUCCCCCUGCUCAAGAAAGCACAUAUACAGGCCCGUCUGAAGUUUGCCAAUGAACAUCUGAAUGAUUCAGAGGAGAACUGGGUGAAAGUGUUGUGGUCAGAUGAGACCAAAAUCGAGCUCUUUAGCAUCAACUCAACUCGCCGUGUUUGGAGGAGGAGGAAUGCUGCCUAUGACCCCAAGAACACCAUCCCCACCAUCAAACAUGGAGGUGGAAACAUUAUGCUUUGGGGGUGUUUUUCUGCUAAGGGGACAGGACAACUUCACCACAUCAAAAGGACGAUGGACGGCGCCAUGUACCGUCAAAUCUUGGGUGAGAACCUCCUUCCCUCAGCCAGGGCAUUGAAAAUGGGUCGUGGAUGGGUAUUCCAGCAUGACAAUGACCCAAAACACACGGCCAAGGCAACAAAGGAGUGGCUCAAGAAGAAGCACAUUAAGGUCCUGGAGUGGCCUAGCCAGUCUCCAGACCUUAAUCCCAUAGAAAAUCUGUGGAGGGAGCUGAAGGUUCGAGUUGCCAAACGUCAGCCUCGAAACCUUAAUGACUUGGAGAAGAUCUGCAAAGAGGAGUGGGACAAAAUCCCUCCUGAGAUGUGUGCAAACCUGGUGGCCAACUACAAGAAACAUCUGACCUCUGUGAUUGCCAACAAGGGUUUUGCCACCAAGUACUAAGUCAUGUUUUGCAGAGGGGUCAAAUACUUAUUUCCCUCAUUAAAAUGCAAAUCAAUUUAUAAUAUUUUUGACAUGCGUUUUUUCUGGAUUUUUUUGUUGUUAUUCUGUCUCUCACUGUUCAAAUAAACCUACCAUUAAAAUUAUAGACUGAUCAUUUCUUUGUCAGUGGGCAAACGUACAAAAUCAGCAGGGGAUCAAAUACUUUUUUCCCUCACUGUAAUUCUGCUUUGAAAGUUGAUAAACUUUCAACCCCACUUUUGAGAAAAUGGCCCGUGAAUAUUUUGGUACACCUACUGGAGAGUUCAUCUUUGUCUAUACCCAUUCAGCAUCGUUCACACCCUCUUAAGCCUUAGCACCACCCAUCUCUUUAAGGAUUCACAGUGUGGUAAACAACCAAAGAUUGCAAGACUAAAAGUGGUGAAAGUAGUAGCAAAAAGUAGUAGUAAAAAUAAACGUUAUCUAGUCCUUGACCUAUAUCCUAAUCUGACUUUGGUGCAGGUCAUGUUGUUCUUCACAUUACCGUCUCUAGUAGACACACACUUUAUCAAAUAAAAUCUAUGUUUAUUUGUCACAUGCACAGGAUUCAGAAGGUGUAAAUGGUACAGUUAAAUGGUUACUUGCAUAGUAGAGUAUUUUGUUUAGUAAUUUAGCUAGCUAGCUAGCUAGCUAAACAAUUAACCAUAAUCCCAACUCUAAUGCCGCGUUCAAAACAACUGGGAACUCCGAUAAAAAACAAACUCCGACUGGGAAAAAUCGCUUUCAACGGUCAUCCAACUUGGAAUUCCAACUCGGGAACUCUGACCUCUUUCUAGAGCUCCUACACAGAUCAUACACGUAACGUUAGCUAGCGAGGCAGCCAGCUAACGUUUGCUAGCUAGCUAACAGUACGCUUUAACUUGCAAUGAAAACAACUUUCUGACAAUAUUAGAAACUUAUAAUAUUUGAAAAUGUAGCUAGACACUUACCCGUAUACAUGGAUGAACGUUUCUCCCUCUGUCAUGGAUGCCAUGGUUGCCCUUAGUUUGAAGAUGUAAUCCGGAGACAGGUGUUUUAUACAACAGCCUUCUUUCUGUGUUCUUUUUUUGGACUCUCCACAUUUGGCAAUCAUCUCUCUGCAUCCACCGGGCAUUCCACUGAUUUCAAAACCCAGUCAACUUCUUCCGUGACAAUGACACCGUUUCUUCCCCACCAUUGUCAUCAGAAGACUCUACAAUGUCUGGUUCAAUGAAAAUGUUUUUACAUAAAUCAGGGAUUUCCUCAUUGUCUGAUUCAUUUUCAGUCAGAAAGAGUCAGCAUGGCACGAUCAUCCUCCAGAAAGUAGUCCAUCAGAACAUUUUCCCACUGAGCUUUGUCGAUAGCGCUAUUAACUUCAGGGAAGCAAUGUUGAGAGCAGUAGCAAAACUUUUUCAGUUCUUUAUGAUAUAUUUUUUUUAAAGCUGCGUUAGACAGGAUUAUCCACACAUACUUAGCAGCUCAUGUUAUAGCCAAAAGCAUGCUCCAAACUCAUCUCUCGGCAUGUCCAGCCCAUCCAUUAUCUCAGCCAAUCAUGGAUAGCAGGAAGGUUCCUGUAUUUUUCCCUGGCUAAACCAACUAGGCUCGUUAUUUAACAAUUGUAUUCGUAUUUACAGAUGGCAUACAAGUUUGUUAUUAAGGCAUAUGAAAGUUAAUAUGUUUCAGAAGGCAAUUCUGCCCAAAACUGUAUUUUGAUUAUUAAUUUUUUUACGUUCAAAUGCCUCUCCUGUGAAGUAGUGACGUGCGACAUACACCUAGUUUCUUGAAACUGGUCACACAUUUGAUUUGCCCUUUCAAUGUUGAUAGUAAAAUGUUUUUUUUAAAUCCAUGUCAUUGUUUCAACGUCAACCUUGAAAUAUAAUGUGAAGCCACAGUCCAACGAUUCCUGCCUGGACAUUGACUCCUACUGGUAUAUGAGAGGUAAUGCACUUCAGUGAGAACUAUGUACUCUGCUUAACUUUGGAAACAAGCAGUGUUCGAUUCAGCUGAGCUAUCAUGUCAACACAUUUAGACAUUGAUCAGCUUCCACACUAAUUUGCGUACACUACAUAAAUAACAUUGAAUAGUUGAAAGUAACUCCUCAAACUUUUCUUACACAAGCUGUAUGUGAAAGUUAAUUCGGAGUGAUUCCAUAUCACAAUACAUUGACAAAUUACGUUGAAACAACGUUGAUUCAACCAGUGUGUGCCCAGUGGGUAGUCCCUGUUCUGGUCCUGUGCAUUUUGUUGUGGUCCUAUUCUGGUUCACAAUGGUCCUGGAGGGCAGGGAGCUCCAUUGUAUCAUCAGCAAACUUAAUGAUGGUGUUGGAGUUGCAGGUGAACAGGGAGUACAGGAGGGGACUAAGCAGGCAUCCCUGAGGGGCCCCCGUGUUGAGGGUCAGCGUAGUUGUGUUUUAACUUACAAUCCCUGCUUUUUCUAUGCAGAGAUGGCUAUUCUCUUUGACCUGAUGCCCACUCAGAUACGCAGCUACUUCCCAGAGAGCUGGCUAUGGGAAGUACAACCAGUCAGGUGAGAAAAACAAAGGUUCUUGGCAUAGCAUAGAAUCAAAAUGAAUUUAAUUAACUUAAAAAUAUAAACACACUGUAAAUGCAAUAUAUCUUCUUACCCGGAAGAGAUGUAAUAUAUGGAACAUUAAGGUUGACAAUUCAUGCAAAGUAAGUUACUUGAGAGACAAUACUGAAAGACAGAUUUAACAUGUGUAUUCUCUAUGUUCAUUGAAUGUACUGUUAUCUAACCAUGUCUAAAAGGGGAGUGUGCUAGCCCAGUGGCCCUUGUGUCUUGGUUGACCUGAGGCCAAGUAAGUGUGUUACUGUUGUAAUCAACCAGGUCAGGGCAGAUGACCUUGAAAAGAAAUCUCCCAGACUCUCUGACCACUUGGGAGAUUAAAGCUGUUGGCGUGUUCAAGGAGGGUAAGUUGGUGAACAAACACUGACGCCUAGCACCACCCACAGGAGAAAUGUGGUACAUUUACCACAGUCAUUCAACACACCAAGCCACUAUACAUAGAAAUCUUGUUUAUUUUUUCAUCCAUAUAACAGCAACUAUCUUUGCUGGAGUCCUUAGCCACUGUUCUACACAAUCAGUUGUACCCCUUUCACACAUCGUGCCAACCCGAACCGUACCAUGCAGGCUCUGGUAUUUUGUCUACACAUUGUCCUUUCCAGCACAGUACCAGAAACGAUGGUAGUUGUCAUAGCCGAGGGAAGUAGGGGUGCUGUGGGUGAUGCAGCCCCUGAUAGAUCACUAUAUAUAUAUAUAUAUAUAUAUAUAUAUAUAUAUAUAUAUAUAUAUAUAUAUAUAUAUAUAUAUAUAUAUAUAUAUAAAUUGUGCUCUAGGCCUUCAUCACUCCUGUAGCACUCCUGUAUGAGCUACAUGGCCCCCCGCUGCCAUUGUAGUUGUGUAGACAGGCCAGCAAAGCUUGGCUCAAAACAGUAAUGUGAAUCAACCCUUGGUCACCACAGUUUUGUUGUUAAUGUUUUUCUCAUUCUUCCCAGGGCGCUCAGGGAUCUGCGUGGCGGACCCCAUCAAGGUCCCAGUUACUCAGGCAGUGAGUGUAGAUGUGCCCCUGCCCUAUUCCAUGGUGCGUGGAGAGCAGAUCGAGCUGCGAGGCUCCGUCUAUAACCAGGCAGAAGAAAAUAUUAAGGUGAGGCCAGUAAAAGAGGUUCUAUUGAAAUGCAUUGGAAAUUAAAAAAUUAAACCUGUCAUUAUUUAUGUCAUUAGGAUUGAAAACGUUUAUCAUAUAAUGCAUAUUUUGAGGAAUUUAUGAUGUGCUUGAAGUGGAAUGAAAUAAGUGCCAGUACUUAUUUUGGGUGCCGGUACUCAUCAUAUUUUUUGUUAAGCCAAUAUUCUAUAAGAGGUGACGGUACUCAAGCAGUCAAAAAUGGAGUUGCUGGUAUUCAGUACUGGUGCAUACCUGCCCAUUUUAAGCACUGAUUUACUUACAUCUUACUGCUUCCAUUCUUCUUUCUGUCUGUAUCAUCCAUGGCUAGUAUUGUGUAACUCUGACCGCUGGGCCAGGAGUGUGCCUGUUCCAAGGGAAACCAACGAAAGAUGACGGCAUAAAGACUACCAGCUGUGACAAGACCACUCUGUUGGAAAGCGGCUCAGUUGGUCUUGUCACCUUCACUCUCAUGGCCUUAGAAGUGGGGAGUCACACUCUCACAUUCACCUUGCGCACUGACAAGUCGACGCUCAACGACCAAAUUGUCAAGACGAUCCGUGUAGUGGUAAGCUCAUAGACAACUAGUUCAACUGCUGCUACUUCAGCACUUAACUCUACUAGAACGAGCGUCAUCCCCACCAUUAUACAGUUGCGAACCCUCUGGUAUUAUUGAGGAUAUGACAAAACAAAAGGGGUGAUGAUGAGGCAAAAUGGAAAUGACACAAAAUGCAUCAUCAUCACACUUUUAGAUUUUUACUAAGUGCUCUAUCUUGAAAACUGAUGACAUGCAAACAUUUGUUGGACUGCAUCGACAAUAGAGGACCAAUUUUUAAAAAAUAACGUUUUUUUUUUUUUCAGUAAACUAUCUCUUUAACAUCUUUGCAACUACUUAAUGAAUAUUGUGAUUACAUACACAAUAUUUUCAGUAUAUUAUGUGCAGUAUAUGACAGUCUGAUGUUUUAAGAGCUGUGUAUUAUCUGUCUUUUCACCAGCCUGAAGGCAUCAGGACCGAGGACCUCAGUGCAGGAACACUGGACCCACAAGGUCUUUAUGGUAUGGGCUCAAUGCUAUUUCACAUUAGUGCUGGGACACAACAUCGGCAGUAUGUGUAUUGGUUGGACUCCCUGAGUUGUGCAUCGUUUUGGUGUGUGGUGAAGAAAAAUAACCCUACCACAAUAUAUAUAAAAACUUUUCCUGUCAACAAAGGCAUAUGUAUAAUCUCUAAUAAUCUCCAUUAUUAUGAGCCGUCCUCCCCUCACCAGCCUCCUGUGGAUCAUCUCUCCUAAACAAUAAAUAUGCCCUCUGUAAUGCUGGGCUGUCUUUUCUGGGAAAAACAAAACAAAUGGAUGAACAAAGCAUUCCAUUGGAUGCACAUGCUCCACACAUAGACAUUAGAGUUGUUGAUCAUUGUUGAUAUCAUUUCUCCUAACUGCUGAUGUAUGUUCUGUGUUGUGUGUAUCAGGCCCCUCCAGCAGGAAGGUAGAAUUCAGUAAUAACAUUCCUUCACAACUGGUGCCUAAGACCUCUGUGGAACGUCUCCUUAUUAUUAAUGGUAUUCUAUUCUAUUUGAUUCUAUUCUAGUGUAAUGAUAUGGUAUGCUACAGAGGUUGCCCUGUGAUAUCUAUUUGUUUUCUCAAACGUGGUAGAACUUCACCAGCAGAAAUGAUACAAAUGUGUAUAAUUUCUGAAACUGUACAAUAUCAAAUGAUUGAUCAUGACUUUUAGUUCAUAUCAAUAAGUUGUGCCGUAUGAUUUGUGAAUUGCACCACAGUUGCUCUUUAUUUGGCCUAAAUGAAUUGUAGAAAUCGUAAUCUCUUAGCCUAAUCUUACCUCAUUAUCAUAAUCUUUGUUAUUGUAUCUAAUUGUUGUCACUCCUUCAUUUUCCUCCCUCUCCAUCUUGCAUUUAAAUGAGCCUGUAUCCUCCUCACCAUGUCUUUUAGGUGAGAUUUUGGGAGAGGUGCUGGCUAUCUUGAACAACCCCGAUGGCCUGCGCCAGCUUGUCAAACUACCCAGAGGCUCCGCUGAGGGCGAGAUCAUGAGAGUCCUCCCCAUCUACUUUGUCUACCACUACCUGGAGACCGCGGGCCGUUGGGACAUCAUGGGCCCCGAGAAACACAACAGUCCCCUGGAACUUAAGGGGAAGAUCAGAGAGGGUGUGAGAUUCAAUCUGAUUGUGUACUCUUAUUUUUACUAUUAUUUUUUUUUUUACACUUAUUGUUUCUCUAAAAUACAAAUGUGAACACAACAUUACAUUACCUAUUACAUUACCUAUCCUGUUCUACAGGAACAUGUUGUUUUGAAUCCCUUGUUGCUUCUAUGUUGCUCCUUUGUUUGCCAAGUCCUCCUUGCAAAAAAGUUUCCUAACUUCAACAUUUGGUUAAACAAAGGUUCAAUAGAAUUGUAAUAUUUUUGUUUCUUGAUCUUUGAAUUGGUGUUGCUCAAUUGUGUUUUUUUGUUCUGUAUCGUUAAGGCAUCACAAGCAUCAUGUCUUUUAAGAGGCCUCGUGAAUUUAGUUACAGCAUGUGGAAGGACAAAGAGCCUAGUACAUGGUGAGUCUGCUGCUUGGUAUAGGGUUGUACAGACAGAUUCUGGUCCAAUACUGUGUGCUGUAGCCAACUCCUCUAUCAUUGUCAUGCCACAGGCAGCCAGUCCAAUUAGUGGAAAACAUUUAAGAAUUGGGCUGCCUGUGUAAAUGUAGGCAAAGAUGAUGUUUUGUCAUCUUUCUGUUGUGCUUCUUGCUGCCAGUCAGCACAUAUAUACAGUAUGGGCCAACAGCCAGGCUAGAGGAAACUCAGGGCGCUGUGUCAUGCACCUUACCUUGUUGUCUUGUUGUGUGACCGACUCUCCUGUAGGUUAACAGCUCUUGUGGUGAAGACUUUGGGACAGAUGGACAAAUACGUCAAAGUAGACAGUCACAUGUUGUCUAACUCCAUCUCCUGGCUGAUCGACAAGGCUCAAAAUGAGGAUGGUUCCUUCCGUGAAUUCACCACCUGUCCCAGAGUACAGGGUGCAGGUGUAGAUGCCGUGGAUCAAUCAGUCUUCUUGACAUCCUUCGUCAUGAUUGGAAUCAAGACCGCCAUAGAGGUGGAAAACUGUGGCUUGCUGGUGAGGCUAUAGCAAGUGUGGAAGUAGGCUAUCAAAUAUAGGCUCUAAUCUAUUUGUAAGUCGCUCUGGAUAAGAGCGUCUGCUAAAUGACGUAAAUGUAAAUGUAAUAUUUUCAGUAUCAUGUGGUAACCUAGACCUGUGUGAUUAUCCUCAGGAGUUUAGUGAGGCUCUGAAACGUGCUGCAGUCUACAUCUCUGAUCAUGCUCCCCGGGUGAAAAGCCUGUAUGCAAGAGCUGUGGCUGCUUAUGCUCUCACACUGGACGACAGGAACAGCAUGCAAUCCGUGUUCCUGUAUGAUAGCCUUGAGAAGCAAGCCAGGGAAGGAGGUACGAAGUGAUAUGGAAUCUGAGGCGAAAGUUACUGGAUACAAUCUAGAAUUCAAUGUAGAACAUACUGUAGCUCCGAAUUAUCAGUAUAAUCUUGUGACGUCUGUACUCUUGUGUCUCCUUGUGAAGAAGAACCAGUGAAAUAUCGCUACUGGCGUGAGAAAGACGCCAGUGUGAACCCGCUAAAGCCUGACAAGGCAUCGGCCCAGACCGUGGAGACCACCUCCUACGUCCUACUCACAGCCUUGAUCAAAGGCAAACACAGCUACGCCCAGCCCAUCAUCAACUGGCUGACCCAGGACCAGCGCUACGGAGGGGGCUUUCACUCAACUCAGGUUCCAUAGCAAUACUAACACAGACCUGGUAUCAGAUAGUAUUUAAUUUACUUUCAAAUACUUUGAGCGUUGGAUUGAGCCUGCCUGUACGAAGUGUAAGAUGGGCAGGGUUUGAAUGUUAGGGACUAUUCCAUUGGUUACAUUGCGCUAGACCGGCUCAAUCAAGCGCAGUUAAAGUAUUUGAAAGAAAACUAUUUGAACCCAGGUCUCACAAUACAUAAUAUGACAUGUACAUUAUAGCCUGCUGCCAAGGGUUCCAGCCCUAAAUGACAAAUGAAAACAUACCUGUGUUGAAUCCUAUGACCUAGCUACAGUGAGCUCCAAAAGUAUUGGGACAGUGACAAUUGUUUUGUUGUUUUGGCUCUGUACUCCAGCACUUUGGAUUUGAAAUGAUACAAUGACUAUGAGGUUAAAGUGCAGACUGUCAGCUUUAAGUUGUGGGUAUUUUCAUCCAUAUCGGGUGAACCGUUUAGAAAUUACAGCACUUUCUGUACAUAGUCCCCCCAUUUUAGGGGACCAAAAGUGUUGAGACUCAUUAACUGAUAUGUUUAUUAAAGUAGUCCAAAGUUUAGUAUUUGGUCCCAUAUUCCUAGCACGCAAUGAUUACAUCAAGCUUGUGAGUGUUCAAACUUGUUGGAUGCAUUUGCUGUUUGUUUUGUUUGUGUUUCAGAUUAUUAUGUUCCCAAUAGAAAUUAAUUGUAAAUAAUGUAUUGUCAUUUUGGAGCCACCUUUUUACAUUUUUCAUUUGAGUCAUUUAGCAGACGCUCUUAUCCAGAGCGACUUACAGUUAGUGAGUGCAUACAUUAUUUUUUUAUUUUUCAUACUGGCCCCCCGUGGGAAUCGAACCCACAACCCUGGCGUUGCAAACGCCAUGCUCUACCAACUGAGCUACAUCCCUGCCGGCCAUUCCCUCCCCUACCCUGGAUGACGCUGGGCCAAUUGUGCGCCACCCCAUGUGUCUCCCGGUUGCGGCCGGCUACGACAGAGCCUUAUUGUAAAUAAGAACAGAAUAUGUUUCUAAACACUUCUACAUGUGUGGUCCUCUGUAGCUCAAUUGGUAGAGCAUGGCGCGUGUAACGCCAGGGUAGUGGGUUUGAUCCCCGGGACUACCCAUACCUAAUAAUGUAUGCACACAUGACUGUAAGUCGCUUUGGAUAAAAGCGUCUGCUAAAUGGCUUAUUAUUAUUAUUACAUGAAUGUGGAUGCUAUCUUGAUUAUGGAUAAUCCUGACUGAAUCGUGAAUAAUGAUGAGUGAAAAAGUUAGAGGCAUAAAUAUCAUAUCCCGCCCAAAAAUGCUAACCUCCCAUUUUACUGUAAUGGUGAGAGGUUAGCAUGUCUUGGGGGUAUGAUAUUUGUGCAUCUGUAACUUUCUCACGUAUCAUUAUUCACAAUUCAUUCAGGAUUAUCCAUAAACAUCGUAGCAUCCACAUUCAUGUAGAAGUGUUUAGAAACAUAUUCUAUUCUUAUUUACAAUAAAAGUGGCUCCAAAAUGACACAAUACAUUAUUUACCAUUAAUUUCUAUUGGGAACAUAAUAAUCUGAAACACAACCAAAACAAACAGCAAAUGCAUCCAACAAGUUUGUAGAGUCAGAAGCUUGAUGUAAUCAUUGCGUGCUAGGAAUAUGGGACCAAAUACUAAACUUUUUACUACAUUAUUAAACAUAUAAGUUAAUUAGUCCCAAUACUUUAGUCAAAUCCAAAGUGCUGGAGUACAGAGCCAAAAAUAAUAAUAAUGUGUCACUGUCCCAAUACUUAGAGCUCACCAUAUAUAUAAUAUUUAUGGGAUAAUCAACGAGGGGCAAUGCAUUCUAUGGAAAAUAAUGCAUGAAGUGGAAGGUGUGUGCCACUUACCUUCCACCGAGUUGCAUUAUUUUCCAGAGAAUGCAUAGAGCCCCAAGUUGAUUAUCCCGCUUAUCCUAAGGCUAUUAUUUGCUGAUAGAAAUGUGUUCAACAUCCACUGAAGUACAGUGGGGGAAAAAUGUAUUUAGUCAGCUACCAAUUGUGAAAGUUCUCCCACUUAAAAAGAUGAGAGAGGCCUGUAAUUUUCAUCAUAGGUACACGUCAACUAUGACAGACAAAAUGUACGUCCAGAAAAUCACAUUGUAGGAUUUUUAAUGAAUUUAUUUGCAAAUUAUGGUGGAAAAUAAGUAUUUGGUCAAUAACAAAAGUUUCUCAAUACUUUGUUAUAUACCCUUUGUUGGCAAUGACACAGGUCAAACGUUUUCUGUAAGUCUUCACAAGGUUUUCACACACUGUUGCUGGUAUUUUGGCCCAUUCCUCCAUGCAGAUCUCCUCUAGAGCAGUUUUGUUUUGGGGCUGUCGCUGGGCAACACGGACUUUCAACUCCCUCCAAAGAUUUUCUAUGGGGUUGAGAUCUGGAGACUGGCUAGGCCACUCCAGGACCUUGAAAUGCUUCUUACGAAGCCACUCCUUCCGAAGCCACUCCUUCGUUGCCCGGGCGGUGUGUUUGGGAUCAUUGUCAUGCUGAAAGACCCAGCCACGUUUCAUCUUCAAUGCCCUUGCUGAUGGAAGGAGGUUUUCACUCAAAAUCUCACGAUACAUGGCCCCAUUCAUUCUUUCCUUUACACGGAUCAGUCGUCCUGGUCCCUUUGCAGAAAAACAGCCCCAAAGCAUGAUGUUUCCACCCCCAUGCUUCACAGUAGGUAUGGUGUUCUUUGGAUGCAACUCAGCAUUCUUUGUCCUCCAAACACGACGAGUUGAGUUUUUACCAAAAAGUUCUAUUUUGGUUUCAUCUGACCAUAUGACAUUCUCCCAAUCCUCUUCUGGAUCAUCCAAAUAAACUCUAGCAAACUUCAGACGGGCCUGGACAUGUACUGGCUUAAGCAGGGGGACACGUCUCGCACUGCAGGAUUUGAGUCCCUGGCAGUGUAGUGUGUUACUGAUGGUAGGCUUUGUUACUUUGGUCCCAGCUCUUUGCAGGUCAUUCACUAGGUCCCCCCGUGUGGUUCUGGGAUUUUUGCUCACCUUUCUUGUGAUCAUUUUGACCCCACGGGGUGAGAUCUUGCGUGGAGCCCCAGAUCGAGGGAGAUUAUCAGUGGUCUUGUAUGUCUUCCAUUUCCUAAUAAUUGCUCCCACAGUUGAUUUCUUCAAACCAAGCUGCUUACCUAUUGCAGAUUCAGUCUUCCCAGCCUGGUGCAGGUCUACAAUUUUGUUUCUGGUGUCCUUUGACAGCUCUUUGGUCUUGGCCAUAGUGGAGUUUGGAGUGUGACUGUUUGAGGUUGUGGACAUGUGUCUUUUAUACUGAUAACAAGUUCAAACAGGUGCCAUUAAUACAGGUAACGAGUGGAGGACAGAGGAGCCUCUUAAAGAAGUUACAGGUCUGUGAGAGCCAGAAAUCUUGCUUGUUUGUAGGUGACCAAAUACUUAUUUUCCACCAUAAUUUGCAAAUAAAUUCAUUAAAAAUCCUACAAUGUGAUUUUCUGGAGAAAAAAAAUCUCAAUUUGUCUGUCAUAGUUGACGUGUAUCUAUGAUAAAAAUUACAGGCCUCUCUCAUCUUUUUAAGUGGGAGAACUUGCACAAUUGGUGGCUGACUAAAUACUUUUUUCCCCCACUGUAUGUGUUAAAAUAUAGCUGUGGUGUAAGUCGGAUAAUCAACUCAUGGCUCUAUGCGUUCUCUGGAAAAUAAUGCAACUCUGUGGAAGGCUAGUGUCAAUCUGCUAACUCGUCGAGGCUAGUGGUGCACGACUACAGGAUUUUUGCAGGCGACUCCGGCUCCUGUGGUUGGAGUCGACUCUUGCUCGACUCCCAAAACAAGCUGAAACGGAUGUGCACACACAUACAAACUGCCUCAUUAUUGCAGUCCUACUAGGAAGACUGCAUUUGCGCUCUAGAGCAGGGUUUCCCAAACUCAGUCCUGGGGCCCCCCUGGCUGCAUGUUUUGAUGUUUGCCCUAGCACUACACAGCUGAUUCAAAUAAUCAAAGCAAGAUGGUAUUUCUGCUGUGCGCAGCCUUGACAGAUCUCAUGGGAAGAUGCCGUGCACUCUACGCUGAUAAGCCUAUUCUUUGCCAUGUUAUAGGCCUAUUCAGACGGGUAUUACUAGAGACGUUGGUUAUGUAAUUAUUAUCCAAGCAUGAGCGUUAUUCCAGAGGAAUAGCGCACAUGUUAUGUAAUUAUUCUUUCAAAUUUAAUUUACUCUUAUGACAGAAGCCUGGAGGUUUUAUUCUAGGCAUGAAGAUAUUUCAAAGUCAUAUCUAAAAAAUAAAAGGCUACAUUGAUAACUCGUGCUUGGCUGCCAAAUGUAUAGGCGUCCCCAUAAUAUUUAAAGUGAACUUGCGGGGAUGCCCUGCUUUGCAUUCUAUUGCCUAGGACAGGGCUCUACAACCCUGUUUGUGGAGAGCUACCAUCCUGUAGGUUUUCACUCCAACCCUAAUCUAGCGCAUCUGAUUCAAUAAUUAGCUGGUUGAUCAACUGAAUCAGGUUAUUUACAACUGGGGUUGGAGCGAAGACCUACAUGAAGGUAGCUCUCCAGGAACAGGGUUGGAGAGCCCUGACCUAGGACAUCAACAGCCAGCCAGGGUUUCAUUAAAUAAGUUAUAGGCACAAUACCUUUUAUUGCAUUUGGCGAUGUUCAACUUCAAAUCACUGGCACUAUAAGGAAAAGCUAUACUCAUUGAUAGCCUAAUAUAUACUUUCAGUGAAUUUAUGAGGCAUUGCGAGAUACAGAUUACCAAGAUAUAGCCUAUGCGCAUGGUUCCGACUGUCUGCCUGCCCCGAUUCUCUCUUUCCCUGCCUGACUCGCCUGCUCUUUCUCUUCGCUAUGAAAAACAUUAGCGUAUGUCUGGUCUUCGGUCUGUUGCGUGUAGAAUAGCUCAGCCUACUCAUUGAUAGCCCCUACUUUAGUGAACUUGCAUGAGACAUUGCAAGCCAAGAAAUUGAGAGAUACAGCAUUGCGAAAGCCUAUACUGUCGUGUAUUGAUGUGACAUACUGAUAUAUGACGUCAGUAAAGGAAUGUGGGGCUUGUUACACGGACAGUGAUUGUCAGGAUGUCAGUGUAAUGCGGUAGGACGAAGUCAGGCGCAGGACACAGAGCUAAUCGAAAACGUACUUUACUCGUAGGUAACGUCAAAUAACAUAACCUCCAUGCAGGGAGGAAACACACCGGCUCACCAGACGACAACCAAACAUGAACAAACACGCACAACAUACAGUGGAAGCCAAAGGGUUAAAUAGGGCAGUGAUCAAUGAUAAUGGGAAACAGGUGUGAACAAUCAAGACAAGACAAGUAGAACACCGAAACAUAGAUCGGUAGCAGCUAGUACUCCGGUGACGACGAACGCCGAAGCCUGCCCCCCCACCCCCCUUGACAGCCAGGAGGACGCGGCGCAGGGCGAGUCGGACGACGACGGUGGAAAUCCCUCAACAUGGAGGGAUCGAGGAUGUCCCUUCUAGGGACCCAGCACCGUUCCUCCGGACCGUACCCCUCCCACUCCACGAGAUACUGCAGGCCCCCCACCCGACGCCUCGAAUCCAGGAUGGAACAGACCGAGUACGCCGGUGCCCCCUCGAUGUCCAGUGGGGGCGGAGGAACCUCCCGUACCUCAGACUCCUGGAGUGGACCAGCUACCACCGGCCUGAGGAGAGACACGUGGAACGAGGGGUUAAUACUGUAAUUCAGAGGAAGCUGUAACCUAUAACAAACCUCCUCAGGACUUUAAAUGGCCCCACAAACCGCCGACCCAGCUUCCGGCAGGGUAGGCGAAGGGGCAGGUUUCGGGUCGAGAGUCAGACCCGGUCCCCCGGUGCAUACACCGGGGCCUCACUGCGGUGGCGGUCGGCGCUCGCCUUUUGUCGCCUGAUGGCCCGCUGCAGGCCUACAUGGGCAGCGUUCCAGGUCUCUUCCGAGCGCCGAAACCACUCAUCCACCGCAGGAGCCUCGAUCUGGCUCUGAUGCCAAGGUGCCAGGAUGACAUGUGAGCCCAAUAGAUUAAUCGAUUGCGAACCUCGAGCGGCACGUACAUACGACCCUCUGGACACUGGGGGGGGAGUGGGCUCGGUACGUAACGCCUGCUCGAUGUCCGCAUCAACCUCCCACACCACCGGUGCCACCAGACACGACGCCGGAAGUAUGGGAGUGGGCUCAAUGGACCUCUCCUCUGUGUCAUACAGUCGGGACAGGGCGUCUGCCUUAUCGUUCUGGGAACCUGGUCUGUAAGUAAGCGUAAACACAAAACGAGUAAAGAACAUGGCCCACCUUGCCUGGUGAGGGUUCAAUCUCCUCGCCGCCCGGAUGUACUCCAGAUUGCGAUGGUCAGUCAAAAUGAGAAAAGGGUGUUUAGCCCCUUCAAGCCAAUGCCUCCACACUUUCAGGGCCUGGACCACAGCUAACAGCUCCCGGUCCCCCACAUCAUAGUUGCGCUCCGCCGGACUGAGCUUCUUAGAAAAGAAAGCACAGGGGCGGAGCUUUGGUGGCGUAACCGAGCGCUGAGACAGUACAGCUCCUAUCCCAGCCUCGGACGUGUCCACCUCAACCUGGAAUGCUAAGGAGGUAUCUGAAUGAGCCAGUACUGGAGCCGAGGUAAACAGGUCCUUCAGAUGACCAAAAGCCCUGUCCGCUCAGCUGACCACUGCAGUCGCACCGGUCCCCCCUUCAGCAAGGAAGUAAUGGGAGCCGCUACCUGACCAAAGCCCCGGAUAAACCUCCGGUAGUAGUUGGCAAAACCCAAAAAUUGCUGCACCUCCUUCAACGUGGUUGGAGUAGGCCAAUUACGCACGGCCGAAAUGCGGUCAAUCUCCAUCUCCACCCCUGACGCAGACAGGCGGUGCCCUAGGAAGGAGAUGGACUCUUGGAAGAACAGACAUUUCUCUGCCUUUACAUACAGGUCAUGCUCCAACAGUUGACCAAGCACUUUACGCACCAGGGACACACCGUGUAGCGGAGUAUAUGAGAAUGUCAUCAAUAUACACCACUACACCCUGUCCGUGCAGGUCCCUGAAAAUCUCACUAACAAAUGAUUGGAAGACUGAUGGAGCAUUCAUCAACCCGUAUGGCAUGAUGAGGUACUCAUAAUGCCCAGAGGUGGUACUGAAUGCUGUCUUCCACUCAUCUCCCUCCCGGAUACGCACCAGGUUGUACGCGCUCCUGAGAUCCAAUUUUGUGAAGAAGCGCGCCCCGUGCAAUGACUCCGUCAUACUAGCAAUGAGCGGUAGUGGAUAACUGUACUUGAUAGUAAUCUGAUUGAGACCCCGGUAGUCAAUGCACAGGCGUAAACCACCAUCCUUCUUCACAAAAAAGAAACUUGAGGAGACAGGUGAAGUGGAUGGCCGAAUGAAUCCCUGCCCCAGAGAUUCAGAGACAUAUGUUUCCAUAGCCGCCGUCUCUUCCUGUGACAGGGGAUACACGUGACUCUUGGGAAGUGAAAUGGCAUAUUAUAAGUGCAGCGCCUACCUGGGACAGAUCGGAAUAUUCGGGGGGAAUGUGCAUGGUGGAGACCUGGUUUGGACUUUCCACCGUAGUUGCCCCUAUGGAAACACCUACACACCUCCCCGAGCACUGACUUGACCAUCCCUUGAGAGCCCUCUGUUGCCAUGAAAUAGUGGGGUCAUGAGAGGUUAACCAGGGAAGCCCCAACACCACUGGAAACACAGGAGAAUCAAUCAGAUAGAGACUAAUUUUCUCCUCAUGACCCCCCUGCGUUUUCAUCCAGAUUGUAGCUGUGACCUCCCUAAUUAGGCCUGACCCUAAAGGGCGACUAUCUAAGAUGUGUACAGGGAAGGGCACAUCUACAGGAACAAUAGGAAUCCCUAAACUACGAGAAAACUGACGAUCAAUAAAGUUCCCAGCUGCGCCUGAAUCUACGAGCGCCUUAUGCUGGGAAUGAGGGGAAAACUCUGGAAAUACAAUAUCUAUACACAUAUGCGCAACAGGGAGCUCUGGGUGAGUCGGGUGCCUACUCACCUGAGACGGUCCACCAGUGCUCCGCCUCGACUCCUGAAGGACCCUCCCCAGCACCGACCAGCAGUGUGUCCUCCGCGGCCACAGUUGGUGCAGGAGAUGUCCCUCCUUCCGGUCUCCCUAAGUGCAGCACCUCCGAGCUCCAUAGGGGUAGGGUCGGAGGUGCUGGGGGAUGGAAUGGAUGGUUCCUGAUCCGGACGUCCGCGGGUUGCCAACAGGUUAUCCAGCCUGAUUAACAUGUCCUCCAGUUGGUCCAGGUUAAGGGUGGCGUCCCUGCAGACCAGUUCCCGACGAACAUCCUCCCGGAGGCUGCAUCUGUAGUGAUCGAUCAGGGCCCUCUCAUUCCAUCGUGCGCUGGCAGCCAGAGUCCUGAAGUCCAGGGCAAAGUCCUGUGUGCUCCUCUUCCCCUGUCUGAGGUGGAAUAGACGUUCCCGCACCGCUCUCCCCUCCGGUGGAUGAUCGAAUACCGCACAAAAGCGGCGGGUGAAAUCCUCAUAGCGUACUGACGCUGCGUCUAUUCCACCCCACUCGGUGUUGGCCCACUCGAGCGCUCUUCCCGACACACAGGAGAUGAGGGCGGACACGCUCUCGUAUCCCAAGAGAGACGGGUGGAUGGUAGCCAGGUAGAGCUCUACCUGGAGCAGAAAACCCUGGCACCCGGCAGCUGUACCAUCGUACGCCCUCGGGAGCGAGAGCCGAAUCCCACUGGAUCCAGGUGACGAAGGGGUGGACAGCAGUGUGGGUGGUUGUGUAGUUGGAGGAGGUGUAGGACCACCACCUCUCUCCCAUCGUUCAAUAGUGUUCAACACGCGCUCCAUUGCGGUACCGAGAGUCUGGAUCAUGGUCGCCUGCUGUUGGACACGUUCCUCCAUUGAUCCGGACAAAAUGAAUGUACAUUGCUGACUCCAUAUUAUGGUGCGUGUUUCUGUCAGGAUGUCAGUGUAAUGCGGUAGGACGAAGUCAGGCGCAGGACACAGAGCUAAUCGAAAACUUACUUUACUCGUAGGUAACGUCAAAUAACAUAACCUCCACGCAGGGAGGAAACACACCCGCUCACCAGAUGACAACCAAACAUGAACAAACACGCACAACAUACAGUGGAAGCCAGAGGGUUAAAUAGGGCAGUGAUCAAUGAUAAUGGGAAACAGGUGUGAACAAUCAAGACAAGACAAGUAGAACACUCAAACAUAGAUCGGUAGCAGCUAGUACUCCUGGUGACGACGAACGCCGAAGCCUGCCCGAGCAAGGAGGAGGAGCAGCCUCGGCUGAAUCCGUGACAGUGAUGGAGUAAAGACAUGUUGAAGUUUACCUAUGAGUCUGGAUGAUUUAACUCAGUAUAAUAUCUUAACUUAGCACUAGUUGUAAGUAUAAGAUUGAACAUAUACAUCUUUUGAUUACGGAUGCACGGUUCUGACUGACUGCCUGGUGGCCGACAUGCCAGGCUAUGCCCCUCCCCUCUCUCUCCCUCCCUCGCUAGGUGCUUCUUUCUUUGCUGUAAAAGUUGCGAGAGUUUGCGUUCUCGGAAGUAGCCUACGGCAACUAGCUAGUUUCCUCCAUUGCAAAAAUACUGACUCUUAGGACUGAAGCUUACACACAGAAAUCACCACUAGUCAUCAAAUAAAAUAAAAUUUUAUUUGUCACAUACAUGUGUUUAGCAGAUGUUAUUGCGGGUGUAGCGAAAUGCUUGUGCUUCUAGCUCCGACAGUGCAGUAAUAUCUAACAAGUAAUAUCUAACAAUUUCACAACAUAUACCCAAUACACACAAAUCUAGUAAGGAAUGGAAUUUAAGAAAAUAUACAUAUAUGGACAAGCAAUGACAGAGUGGCAUGGACUAAGAUACAGUAGAAUAUUAUAGAAUAGAAUACAGUAUAUUCAUACAGUGAGGGAAAAAAAUAUUUGAUCCCCUGCUGAUUUUGUACAUUUGCCCACUGACAAAGAAAUGAUCAGUCUAUAAUUUUAAUGGUAGGUUUAUUUGAACACUGAGAGACAGAAUAACAACAACAAAAAUCCAGAAAGACGCAUGUCAAAAAUUUUAUAAAUUGAUUUGCAUUUUAAUGAGGGAAAUAAGUAUUUGACCCCUCUGCAAAACAUGACAUAGUACUUGGUGGCAAAACCCUUGUUGGCAAUCACAGAGGUCAGAUGUUUCUUGUAGUUGGCCACCAGGUUUGCACACAUCUCAGGAGGGAUUUUGUCCCACUCCUCUUUGCAGAUCUUCUCCAAGUCAUUAAGGUUUCGAGCCUGACGUUUGGCAACUCGAACCUUCAGCUCCCUCCACAGAUGUUCUAUGGGUUUAAGGUCUGGAGACUGGCUAGGACACUCCAGGACCUUAAUGUGCUUCUUCUUGAGCCACUCCUUUGUUGCCUUGGCCGUGUGUUUUGGGUCAUUGUCAUGCUGGAAUACCCAUCCACGACCCAUUUUCAAUGCCCUGGCUGAGGGAAGGAGGUUCUCACCCAAGAUUUCACGGUACAUGGCCCCGUCCAUCGUCCCUUUGAUGCGGUGAAGUUGUCCUAUCCCCUUAGCAGAAAAAAACCCCCAAAGCAUAAUGUUUCCACCUCCAUGUUUGACGGUGGGGAUGGUGUUCUUGGGGUCAUAGGCAGCAUUCCUCCUCCUCCAAACACUGCAAGUUGAGUUGAUGCCAAAGAGCUCGAUUUUGGUCUCAACUGACCACAACACUUUCACCCAGUUCUCCUCUGAAUCAUUCAGAUGUUCAUUGGCAAACUUCAGACGGGCAUGUAUAUGUGCUUUCUUGAGCAGGGGGACCUUGCGGGCGCUGCAGGAUUUCAGUCCUUCACGGCGUAGUGUGUUACCAAUUGUUUUCUUGGUGACUAUGGUCCCAGCUGCCUUAAGAUCAUUGACAAGAUCCUCCCGUGUAGUUCUGGGCUGAUUCCUCACCGUUCUCAUGAUCAUUGCAACUCCACGAGGUGAGAUCUUGCAUGGAGCCCCAGGCCGAGGGAGAUUGACAGUUCUUUUGUGUUUCUUCCAUUUGCGAAUAAUCGCACCAACUGUUGUCACCUUCUCACCAAGCUGCUUGGCGAUGGUCUUGUAGCCCAUUCCAGCCUUGUGUAGGUCUACAAUCUUGUCCCUGACAUCCUUGGAGAGCUCUUUGGUCUUGGCCAUGGUGGAGAGUUUGGAAUCUGAUUGAUUGAUUGCUUCUGUGGACAGGUGUCUUUUAUAUAGGUAACAAACUGAGAUUAGGAGCACUCCCUUUAAGAGUGUGCUCCUAAUCUCAGCUCGUUACCUGUACAAAAGACACCUGGGUGUCACGAUCGUCGGGAACAGAGGAGGACCAAGGCGCAGCGUUGAAGACGAACAUACUCUUUAUUUAGUGAUUACACGAUCAAAACAACAAAACGAUAACGUGACAGUCCACGGUCUAACACAAACCAACUAGAACAAGCUCCCACAACUACUGUGGGAAAACAGCCUGUUUAAAUGUGGUUCCCAAUCAGAGACAACCAGCCACAGCUGACACUCGUUGCCUCUGAUUGAGAACCACACUGGCCAACAUAGAAAUGAAACAACUAGAACUACAACACAGAAAUCUAGACACCCUGGCUCAACAUAACAGUGUCCCCAGAGCCAGGGCGUGACAGUACCCCCCCCUAAAGGCGCGGACUCCGACCGCGCCAACCAAAUACCACAGGGGAGGGACCGGGUGGGCACUCCACCUAGGCGGCGGAUCCGGCUCCGGGCCUGAUCCCCGCUCCCUCUCCAACCCCCCAAAGUACCCCUGGUCCGGUCUGGCCCCGCUGGCCGGAGCUGGACUACACACUGGUGGAGCGGAUUGCUCUAGCUCCGGCGUGAAGCAUCUGACCGGUGCCGGACCAGGCACCGGUGGAACAGGCACGGGACGUGCCGGACUGACGACGCACACCACUGGCUUGGUGUGGGGAACAGGCACGGGCCGUGCCGGACUGACAACGCACACCACUGGCUUGGUGUGAGGAGCAGGAGCGGGCCGGACCGGGCUGGCGACGCGCACCAUUGGCUUGGUGCGGGGAGCAGGAACGGGCCCGGACCGGGCUGGCAACGCGCACCAUUGGCCUGGUGCGGGGAGCAGGAACAGGCCGGGCCGGGCUGGCGACGCGCACCAUAGGCUUGGUGCGGGGAGCAGGAACAGGACGGGCCGAGCUGGCGACGCGCACCAUUGGCUUGGUGCGGGGAGCAGGAACAGGACGGGCCGGGCUGGCGACGCGCACCAUUGGCUUGGUGCGGGGUGCAGGAGCAGGCCGGGCCGGGCUGGCGACGCGCACCAUAGGCUUGGUGCGGGGAGCAGGAGCGGGCCGGACCGGGCUGGAGACUCGCACCAUUGGCCUGGUGCGGGGAGCAGGAACAGGCCGGACUGUACUGGGGACACACACCACUGGCCCUACGCAGGGAUCUGGAACGGGCCGGACCGGACUGGUAACACACCCCAGUACCUCUCGCCGUGCCUCUACACCUUCCUUCCCCUCUUCGACCAGUGGCCCCCGUAACCUGGCGGCCUCCUCUGCCAACCCGCUGGGCCGCUCUGUCGCGGUCUCCUGCUGCCCCGUCGUCCACGGCGUUAGCCCCCCCCUAAAAUUUUUAUGGGCUUCACUCCUACCCGUGGACCAGGUCUCCAUACUUCUCGCCAGCCUUUCGCACUUCUGCUUCCACGUCAAGCCCCUCUCUUCCUCACCCGGCUUGACCCAGUCGAGGAGGCGCUGGAUAUCCGCUAGGGAUUUCCCUGGCGAUGGCUCCUGGACCCGCUGCUUGGUCCAGUUCUGGUGGGAUCUUCUGUCACGAUCGUCGGGAACAGAGGAGGACCAAGGCGCAGCGUUGAAGACGAACAUACUCUUUAUUUAGUGAUUACACGAUCAAAACAACAAAACGAUAACGUGACAGUCCAAGGUCUAACACAAACCAACUAGAACAAGAUCCCACAACUACUGUGGGAAAACAGCCUGUUUAAAUGUGGUUCCCAAUCAGAGACAACCAGCCACAGCUGACACUCGUUGCCUCUGAUUGAGAACCACACUGGCAAACAUAGAAAUGAAACAACUAGAACUACAACACAGAAAUCUACACACCCUGGCUCAACAUAACAGUGUCCCCAGAGCCAGGGCGUGACACUGGGAGCCAGAAAUCUUUCUGAUUGAGAGGGGGUCAAAUACUUAUUUCCCUCAUUAAAAUGCAAAUCAAUUUAUAAAGUUUUUGACAUGCGUUUUUCUGGAUUUUUUUGUUGUUAUUCUGUUUCUCACUGUUCAAAUAAACCUACCAUUAAAAUUAUAGACUGAUAAUUUCUUUGUCAGUGGGCAAACGUACAAAAUCAGCAGGGGAUCAAAUACUUUUUUCCCUCACUGUAUGAGAUGAGUAGUGCAAGAUAUGUAAACAGUUUUAAAGUGACUAGUAUUCCAUAUCUUAAAGUGGCCAGUGAUUUCAAGUCUAUGUAUAUAGGGCAGCAGCCUCUAAUGUGCUAGUGAUGGCAAUUUAACAGUCUGAUGGCCUUGAGAUAGAAGCUGUUUUUCAUUCUCUCGGUCCCAGCUUUGAUGCACCUGUACUGACCUCACCUUCUGGAUGAUAGCGGGGUGAACAGGCAGUGGCUCGGGUGGUUGAUGUCCUUCAUGAUCUUUUUGGCCUUCCUGUGACAUCGGGUGCUGUAGGUGUCUUGGAGGGCGGAUAGUUUGCCCCCGGACCGCAACACCCUCUGGAGAGCCCUGCAGUUGCGGGCGGUGCAGUUGCCGUACCAGACGGUUAUACAGCCCGACAGGAUGCUCUCAAUUGUGCAUCUGUAAAAGUUUGUGAGGGUUUUAGGUGCCAAGCCAAAUUUCUUCAGCCUCCUGAGGUUGAAGAGGCUCUGUUGCGCCUUCUUCACCACACUGUCAUUCAAUAAUUUCCAUAACGUCUAGCCCCUCUUGAUUAUCCCUUACAUAAUAUAUGCCAUUUAGCAGAUGCUUUUAUCCAAAGCGACUUACAGUCAUGCAUAUAUUUUACGUAUGUCCCGGGAAUCGAACCAACUAUCCUGGCGUUGCAAGCGCCAUGCUCUACCAUCUGAGCUACAGAAGACCACCUACAGAGUGCCACCUACACUCCACCAUCUUUAUCAUCACCCUACUGUGUGUCAUCUCUACUCAGGACACUAUUCUCACCCUGGAGGCUCUGACCGAGUACAGCAAAUUGGUCAAACAUGCCAAGCUGGAUCUGAUGAUCGAGGCGUCCUACAUAAAGACGAGGGAACAACUGGGGAUAAUCGAGCUCACCCAGAAAAAACCUGUGGGCAAACCAAUAGAGGUAAGGGCUUACCUCCACCCUCACAGGCUGUGUGACCCUAAAUGUACACACUGCCUGUAAAAUGACCACUUCUGCUCAACAAGACCAUCUUUUCAUUGGGUUUUCCUGUGACAAUGAUAUUUGCAGUAUAACCUGAUCACGAUCUCAAUCAUUUAUGUACUGACGUAGUGUAUCCAGCCUCUACCCCUAGGGCACAUUUCAUACUGAUCUUUGCUAAAUGAACCCUGAAGUUGCAGUACAGACUAUUUUAUAUCUCUCGUGUGCUGUGUUUGUGUGUUUCCUCUCUAUUUUCUGUCUCCCAUCUAAUUCAUGAUUAUUUGGUCCUACUGUGUCUCAUUUUAACAGGUGUUUGAGGAUAAAGCUGUCAAAGUGUCCACAGGCUUUGGUUCAGGAUAUUCCCAUGUCCAGGUAAGUUCCAUCCAUCCUCUGUUGCGUUAAGCAACUUCUGUUUAGAAGGAAAUUGAGUAUCUCUUAAAGUAUUCUUUCGUGCUCACAUUAAAGAGGCAAUCUGUAAUUGAUACAUAAAAAAAAAAAAUACUUUUAAGUAAUGAUAUACAUAUACCUAAUAAUUCUUAAAGAAUGUAUUUUAUGCCUCAUGAGCUUAGUUCAACUGUCAUACCCCAUUGUUGUUUCACCUCCAGAUAGCCCCUUUAAACAGUAUGCUCAAUUCUUAUCUGACAACAGAUGAAAACCGUUUAUUAUAAAACAACACAGAACCACAAAAACUGCAAAUUUGACAUUUCCAUUCAACUGCUUCGUCCUGACAAAAAGUCAAAAGGUAUGACAGUGUAUCAAUGUCUGUUAACUUACUACAACCAUUUCUCUCACAAUAAACAUGGAACCAAAUAUACAGUACCAGUCAAAAGUUUGGACACACCUACUCAUUCAAGGGUUUUUUCUUUAUUUUUACUAUUUCCUACAUUGUAGAAUAAUAGUGAAGGCAUCAAAACUAUGAAAUAACACAUAUGGAAUCAUGUAGUAACUACAAAAGUGUUAAACAAAUAUUGUAUAUUUGAGAUUCUUCAAAGUAGCCACCCUUUGCCUUGAUGACAGCUUUGCACGCUCUUGGCAUUCUCUCAACCAGCUUCAUGAGGAAUGCUUUUCCAACAGUCUUUAAGGAGUUCCCACAUAUGCUGAGACCUUGUUGGCUGCUUUUCCUUCACUCUGCGGAACAACUCAUCCCAAAUAAUCUCAAUUGGGUUGAGGUCGGGUGAUUGUGGAGGCCAGGUCAUCUGAUGCAGCACUCCAUCACUCUCCUUCUUGGUCAAAUAGCCCUUACACAGCCUGGAGGUGCGUUUUGGGUCAUUGUCCUGUUGAAAAACAAAUUAUAGUCCCACUAAGCGCAAACCAGAUGGGAUGGCGUAUUGCUGCAGAAUGUUGUGGUAGCCAUGCUGGUUAAGUGUGCCUUGAAAUCUAAAUAAAUCACUGACAGUGUCACCAUCAAAGCACCCCCACACCAUCACACCUCCUCCUCCAUGCUUCACGGUGGGAACCACACAUGCGGAGAUCAUCCAUUCACCUAUUCUCACAAAGACACAACGGUUGGAACCACAAGUCAUCAGACCAAAGGACAGAUUUCCACAAGUCUAAUGUCCAUUGCUCGUGUUUCUUGGCCCAAGCAAGUCUCUUCUUAUUAUUGGUGUCCUUUAGUAGUGGUUUCUUUGCAGCAAUUCGACCAUGGAGGCCUGAUUCACGCAGUCCCCUCUGAACAGUUGAUGUUGAGAUGUGUCUGUAACUUGAACUCUGUGAAGCAUUUAUUUGGGCUGCAAUCUGAGGUGCAGUUAACUCUAAUGAACUUAUCCUCUGCAGCAAAGAUAACUCUGGGUCUUCCUUUCCUGUGGCGGCCCUCAUGAGAACCAGUUUUAUCAUAGUGCUUGAUGGUUUUUGCAACUGCAGUUGAAGAAACUUUCAAAGUUCUUGAAAUGUUCCGUAUUGACUGACCUUCAUGUCUUAAAGUAAUGAUGGACUGUUGUUUCUCUUCGCUUAUUUGAGCUGUUCUUGCCAUAAUAUGGACUUGGUCUUUUACCAAAUAGGGCUAUCUUCUGUAUACCACCCCUACCUUGUCACAACACAACUGAUUGGCUCAAAUGCAUUAAGAAGGAAAGAAAUUCCGCAAAUUAACUUUUAACAAGGCACACCUGUUAAUUGAAAUGCAUUCCAGGUGACUACCUCAUGAAGCUGGUUGAGAGAAUGCGAAGAGUGUGCAAAGCUGUCAUCAAGGCAAAGAGUGGCUACUUUGAAGAAUAUCAAAUCAAUAUCUUGAUUUGUUUAAAAUGUUUUUGGUUACUACAUGAUUCCAUAUAUGUUAUUUCAUAGUUUUGAUGUCUUCACUAUUAUUCUACAAUGUAAAAAAUAGUAAAAAUAAAGAAAAACCCUGGAAUGAGUAGGUGUGUCCAAACUUUGGACUGGUACUGUAGCUUUAAUUUCUACUUCACCAGAUACUAUGCUGCAUUCCUCUCGAAUUGUUGCAUGUGCAAAGUGAGUAAAAUAUUUUGUUUUUCGUUUAUUAAUGUCAUUAAAAUACAAAGAAAUCCUAAUGCUAUCUCGACCACUGUAAAGAUAAUGUGUAUUUCUGUAUAGUAAAAUAUACUUUAUAGAACAGUGCAUAUAUUGUCUCAUAUGUUUUAAAGAUACAAACCCCCUCCAAAUGAGGUGUUCGCUGAGUCUAGCCACACAGUCAUGGAAAUCCAACUACCCACUGGGGUGCAACCCUUCCAAGAAGAUCUGAAUAUGGUAAUUACAUUUCUCCAAAAUCUACACUGAAGAAGUGUUGGUCCUAUGUUUCAUGAGCUGAAAUAAAAAAUCCCAGAAAUGUUCCAUAUGCACAAAAAACGUAUUUCUCUAAUAUUUUGUGCACAAAUUUGUUUACAUCCUUGUUAGUGAGCAUUUUUCCUUUGCCAAGAUAAUCCAUCCACCUGACAGGUGUGGUAUAUCAAGAAGGUGUUUAAACAGCAUAAUCAUUACACAGUUGCACCUUGUGCUAUGGACAAUAAAAGGCCACUCUAAAAUGUGCAGUUUUGUCAUACAACACAAUGCCACAGACGUCUGAAGUUUUGAGGGAGCGUGCAAUUGGCAUGCUGACUGCAGGAUUGUCCACCAGAGCUGUUGCCAGAGAAUUAAAUGUUAAUUUCUCUACCAAAAGCCAAUGUCGUUUUAGAGAAUUUGGCAGUACGUCCAACCAGCCAAGGACCUCCACAUCCGGCUUCUUCACCUGCGGGAUCAUCUGACACCAGCCAGCUGAUGAAACUGUGGGUUUGCACAACCGAAUAAUUUCUGCACAGAUUGUCAGAAAACGUCUCAGGGAAGCUCAUCUGCAUGCUCGUCGUCCUCACCAGGGUCUUGACCUGACUGCAGUUUGGUGUCGUAACCGCUUACCUUCAAUGGCACACUGGAGAAGUGUGCUCUUCACGAAUGAAUCCCGGUUUCAACUGUACCGGGCAGAUGGCAGACAGCAUGUAUGGUAGCUGGAAGCUGAAAAUGUCCCAGUUCUUCCAUGGCCUGCAUACUCACCAGACAUGUCACCCAUUCAGCAUGUUUGGGAUGCUCUGGAUCUACGGGUACGACAGCGCGUUCCAGUUCCCGCCAAUAUCCAGCAACUUUGCACAGACAUUAAAGAGGAGUGGGACAACAUUCCACAGGCCACAAUCAACAGCCUGAUCAACUCUAUGUGAAGGAGAUGUGUCGCGCUGCAUGAGGGAAAUGGUGGUCACACCAGAUACUGACUGGUUUUCUGAUCCACGCCCCUACCUUUUUUAAAGAUAUCUGUGACUAACAGAUGCAUAUCUGUAUUCCCAGUCAUGUGAAAUCCAUAGAUUAGGGCCUAAUGAAUUUAUUUCAAUUGAGUGAUUUCCUUAUGAACUGUAACUCAGUAAAAUCUUUGAAAUUGUUGCAUGUUGCAUUUAUAUUUUUGUUCAGUUUAUUUGUACACUGUUCCACAUGAAUGACAUAGCCUGUGAUCAAUUCCCUCACAGUUUCGGGAUGGACUGGAAUCUGUGAUAUCUGACUACAAGAUCACAGAAGACAAGGUUGUGCUUCAGCUGGACUCAGUAAGUACCACUUAUCUUCUCUUCUGCUUUUGGAACAUUUUGGUUUAAGUGUGGACAUUCAAAUCAAUCAUAUAAUGUAGUCCUAUACUGUAGUUCAAAUGAGUCCUAUUAUGUAGCACUAUACUGUAGUAUAAGUUAGUCCUAUUCUGUAGUUCAAAUGAGUCAGUUACUGUUAACACUGUCAUUGCCUUUCACACUACAGGUCCCCGUGGAUGAAUUCGUCUGUGUGGGAUUCCGUAUAAAAGAACUAUUUCGAGUUGGCAUGGUCAGUGCCUCCUUGUUUAAAGUCUACGAGUACAAUGAUCCAGGUACAGUACGGCCGAAAACAAAACCCACAGAAACGAAUAUACCACAGGAAGUUUGACCAAUCCUUCUCUAUUGCUCAACAGAGAGCCAAUGUUUCAAGCUCUACUCCCCGGCUAUAGAAACCAAGCUACUGCGGCUUUGUGUAGAGGAACAGUGCCACUGCAUGGCAGGUAAGUCAUAUGGGCUCAGGGGACAGUGGUGGUUGCAAGGAAAUUAUAAGCAUGGAGGAUGUAUGGAGGGUGGAACAUGAGUGGGUUUGGAGAAAGCUGGUUGGUCAUUUAAUCAAGUUAAUGUGAAUUAUGGGAGAAUAUUUUGUUUGUUUUUAUUUGUGACUGCAAUCUGUUGCGGUGAUGUUUAGCGGAAUGCUGCAACUUCAAAUCAGAGAUGGAUCCCAGCACCACUGCUGAGGAAAGAAAACAAGCUACCUGCAGUGACAAUAUAAAAUAUGGUAAGAUGAUACUUUGUUAGAACUGUUAUCACCUCAUCAGUAAAAAUAGUCUCCAAUGCCCAACUGAUUUUUUAAAGAAAUGUCACAUUUGUAGGCAGUCUUUUUGGUAUGAUGAGCAUAUUCUAUUUGUUUGGUUUAGGAGGCCUUGCAUAUGAUAUGUUUGCGUCUUUUCUCACAGCUUUCAAGGUAAAAAUCAAAUCCAUUGUGGAAGAAGGUGAUUUUAUUACUUAUAUGGCAAACGUGGAGGAUCCCUUCAAAAGGGGUAAGUCUAUCUCCUAUAAUAACUUUUUAAAGUGAUGUAAAAAAUAUAUAUAUAUUUACAAUUGUAUGAUACGUUUAACUUUAUUCCUGUUUUGUGUAAAUGGCAGUGUUGGACAAUGUCAAUAUCAACACAGAGGUGGAAUUUGUCAAAAAGGCCAGUUGCAGUUCUGUGGAUAUGAAGAUUGGUGGGCAGUACCUGAUCAUGGGUGCGGACAGCAUGCAAAUACGAGUUGGCAGAAGUUAUAAGUGA